GUAAUAAAUUAAAUCAUUUAGGAAAUUUAGAUUCAUAUUAAGUGAUUAUAUAUGCACUAAUAAACUAGUAAAUUAUUCUCAAGAAUAUUACUUGGAAUACAUGUUAUCAUGUCAGUGUUAGAAAUUCACUAUUUUUAUUCGAUUAUAUUAGCAAUACGGUCGAUUUUAUAACUCAAUAAUUUGUCAAUAAUUCUUAAGCAAUGUCUCGGAAAGCUACAGAUGUGAAUGGGGAAGAAACGGCUAAGCCUCUAGCUUACAGAGAUGAGGAUGGCAAUAUCCGAUUGUACGAGACGUGGCAGGAACCAACAAUAUGGAAAAAGGUGGAACUUCCAACAGCCAGUAAGGACUCACUAGAUAGACCGUCUUCGUUAGAUUCUCAAUCAGAACGAGGCUCCAGUUAUACGGAACAUGGAGAAACAUAUACCCCAAGAGAACCACGAACAACGUCCACAAACAAGCAGAGUUUCACUUCCGAUGAUGACCUGGUUCUUCCGGUUUCUCCUGUACUGGAAGUGAAAGAACCCCGUAAACGUAGACAUGUGAUGAUGCCGCAUGACAUGUCUUUCAAAAAAAUGGACCAACACGCAGUCAGGGCACCUCUCGUAACCAAAGAUAACUUGAGGACGCUUGUUGAGUAUCUUGUUUCUAUGACGACCACGUCCGUAGAAAGGGGCGCGCGCUUUCUACAUCUGGAUCACUCAUAAUAUCAAUUACGACACUUCUGGUUACUUACACAGCGCGCCACUGAAGCAAACAGAUCCGGCAUCCGUGCUAGCCAACCGUCUGACCGUCUGUGAGGGCUACUGCCGUCUCUUUGAAGCAUUCUGCAGCGAAGUUGGUAUUCCUGUAAAAAUCAUUUGCGGAUAUGCAAAGGCUUAUGGUUGUCAACCCGGUGAACACGUCACAAAACACAGCCAUAAUGCACAUGCAUGGAAUGCCAUAUAUCUGGAAUCCGAUUGGUUCCUUGUUGAUGUCACGUGGGGAGCUGGCUUUGUGAAAUCGAAAGAGAGGAAGUACAUUGCACGAUUUAAUAAUGCAUACUUUUUAACUGACCCGGAGGUUUUUGUGACUGACCAUUUUUCUUGCGCAGUAACGAGCUACGAAAAAUAUGAGAGUGGAAAGGAAUGGCAGCUUUUGGAAAAGGCACUUUAAUUGGAGGAAUUCUGCAGUCGUGUUAAUUUUGACCAACAUGGAAAAGAAUGGUAUAUCAGCGCGAUGUCACACCAAAGGUGUAUAGUUUAUAAUAUUGAGUACGAAAUAGACCUGAAGUUCGAAGACCCAUAUGAAAAAAAUAAGAGACUUCAUCGGGUUUCUGUAUGAAAACGAGGCAAAAAUAGACAAUUUCGUGUAUACAUUUAGGCCAACCGAAAAGCAAUUCAAUGUUCAUGUGUUUAUGCCACAUGUUGGCGUCUUCAGAUUACAACUAUAUGGCUGCCGAAUAAAGGAUGGCCCGAACGCGGAUUUCCAACCAAUUCUUAAAUACAUUUUGCAAUGUACAAAAUCAUUUGAAGAACCGAUACCUUAUCCAACCUACCAUUCCUUAUACGGUCCGAUGAAGAAUUUAGAAUAUUUUGGUGUUGAGAACGUUGACAAUAAAGUUUACCAUGAAUCGGAAAAUGGAGAGAUCAUAUUUUCUUUGAAGCCAGCUCAACUCUUUGAUAUUUUCCCUCGUUUGCAUUUUCAUGAUCACACUAUUGAUCUAAAAAAAAUAUGUUUUGUUGACUAUUCAGAUUGCGGUCAAUAUAUAAAUGUUAUUGUGCGUAUGAGAUACGAGGGUCAUUAUAAGUUGAUUUUAUUUGGAAAGGAAGAGAAAUCUUUAAACUAUUCACCAUUCGCAACUUUCUUAAUCAAAUGCACGAAGGCUUGCAAAGACGGGAUAUUUCCCGAUGCCCAUGAAUACGCUUUGAAGCACAAAUGCUGUCUUCUUGAGCCUCUAAGUAUGCAUCUUCCUCCAAAAUCAGAUGUCUUCUUUUGUAUAAAAUCAUUGUGUUUGAAGUCUGUGAGGUGUGGCAAAAAUGUUUUUACACAAAGCAAUGACGGCAGUUUCGAAUUCACAAUUCGGACUCCCUCGGAAGAUUUGAAAGUUGUUAUUGAUGGAUGUGGCAGUGAUGGGGUUUUCCACGCCUUGUAUUCAUACACAACCGCUAUACCCAUUGACUUCUAAAAGAACUUGAACAAGACAUACAUUUUUCAAAAUAAAAUAAUUCCUGUAGUUAAACACAAUUUGGUUUGAUUUGUGAUGUGUUAAGGAGAAUCUAAGGUGGAUUUUGAAAGGAAACCAGUCACAAACUCGUAGGCUUAAGCUGUAACCAUGUGUGCUUUUGAAGUGAGCAGUUUACAUCUUCGCCGAAUGUAUAUAAAGAAUUCCAUGGGAACUUGGGGAGGACACAGAAGUCAAAAGUUUAAAGAAGACCCUGUAUGCAGAAGGAUUAGUCUUACACUUAAUUUAUAAAUGUUUAAUAGUGUGAAGAGUAGUUGAUCAUAUUUCAUGCAGUAUAAUAAAGUGUGGUACUGUCUUGUACCCUUUAUGUAAUAAUAAUCAGUGUCUUAUGUAUUAUUAGGAACUGGA